AUGCUUAGCCAGGGCCCCCUACUGCAGGCUGCAGGGGCCCCCCCUCCUAUCACUGCAGCAGGGGCCCCUAUAGCAGCAGCAGGGGGCCCCCUAGCUGCAGCAGGGGCCCCCCUGUCUGCUGUAGGGGCCCCUAUCGCAUCAGGGGGGCCCCCUAUCGCUGCAGCAGGGGGGGCCCCUAUAGCAGCAACAGGGGCCCCUGUCACAGCAGCAGGGGCCCCUCUAGCAGCAGCAGGGACCCCUCUGACUGCAGCAGGGGCCCCUAUGAGUGCUGGGGGGGCCCUUAUGAGUGCAGCAGGCACAGGUGCUCCUGCUGCUGCUGCUGCUGCUCCUGUACAACUGCUGUCUCUACCUACACCUCCACCUCCUUCACGAGCUGCUUCAGGGGUUAGCGCAUUGUCUAUGCCUUCUGUGGGGUCUUCGCAUGCAGCAGCAUUAGGGGGGGGCCCCCUGGGGCCCCUGGGGCCCCUUCAGAGGUCUGCUUCUUUAGCUAGCUCUUUACCUUCUCUUGCGGUGUCUCUGUCUCCUGCACAGUCGAUAGAAGUAGGGGCCCUUCUGGGCCCUCGGGGGCCCCCUCAACCCUCUGCUUCCUUGCAGCUGCAGCAACUGCAGCAGCUGCAGCAGCUGCAGCAACUGCAACCUGCUGCUGCUGCUUUCACCCCCGGGGCCCUCACUACGGUGUCAGGGGGGCCCCUAAACCCUCAAGGGGUUUCUAUGGGGACUGCUGCUGCAGCACCGCAGCUAACGGCGCAGGCAGCAGGUGCAGCACCAACAGCAGCAGCAGCAGCAGCACCAGCAGCAGCAGCAACAGCAGCACCUGCAUUGGGGGCCCCCACCCGCAUGCAAACCCUUCCAUCUGUAUCUGUCUCUGCUUCUCCUGCAGUGCUGCCUCAGGUGCUACCGCUAGCUGCUGCUGAGGGUACGGGGGCCCCUGGGGCCUCCACUAUGCCUCUCCGGGGGCUGGGGGGCCCCCCCCUGACAGCAAACCCUAUUAGCUCUGCUGGUGCUGCUGCUGAAGCUGCUGCUGCGCUGCAGGGGGGCCUCUCUCCGCUGCUGCAGGAGACAGCAGCAACACACAUAGCUCCGUCUCCUCUGCUGCCUUCCCUGGGGCAGGUGCUUCUCGCAGGGGGCACCGCAGCCCAGCAGCAGCAGCAGCAGCAGCAGCAGCAGCAACCUGCUGCUGCUGCUGCACUCGGGGGAUUGUCGGAGGCGGCGUUUGCUGCUGUGGGGGCCCAGGGGACCCCUAAACCCUGUCUUGUCUUUGCAAGUAACAGCAGCACCAGCAGCUUUGGAGAGCCGCAGCAGCAGCAGCAGCAGCAGCAGCAGCAGCUGCAGCAGCUGCAGCUGCUCUCAUCAACUCCCGGGAGUAUGGAGGGUCUGCUGCAGGGGGCCCCCAAGAGACAGCUGGGUCUGGGGCCCCUUCCCCAGGUGUAUAUACCUCACAAUCCUUUUGCUCGCCUGCCGAUCACUAGCAGCAGCAGCAGCAGCAGCAGCAGCAGCUUCAACUCCCCUGCUGCUAGUGUUGCUGCGGGGGCUGCUCCUGUUGCAGUGCCUCCUCUGACCCUCACGCCCUCGCUGCAGCAGCAGCAGCAGCAACAGCAGCAACAGCAGCAGUUACAGGCGGGUUUGCUGCAGCAACAGGUGCAACAGGUGCAGCAGAUGCAGCAGCAACUAAAGCAACAGCAGCUGCAGCAGCAACAGCAGCAACAGCUGCAGCAGCAGCUGCAGGCGCAGCAGGAAAAUUCGCCCAGCAGCAGCAUGCCGCCUUCGCAGGAGCUGCUGCAACAGCAGCAGCUCCUGAAGGAGCAACUGCAGCAGCAGCAGCAGCAAAUAGAACAGCUUAAAGAGCGAUUGCAAGCCGAAGAGUCAGGGAGGCCCUCGCGUCUCUCCUCCGUAGACGCCGGCAGUACAGAGAACCAGCAGCAGCAGCAGCAGCAGCAGCAGAAUCAGCAGCAGCUGGAGACCCCACAGACACUGCAGCAGGAGCCACAACAGAUACUGCAGCAGCAGCAGCAGGAGCCACCACAGAUACUGCAGCAGCAGCAACAACAGGAGCCACAACAGACGCUGCAGCAGCAGCAGCAACAGGAGCCACAACAGACACUGCAGCAGCAGCAGCAACAGGAGCCACAACAGACGCUGCAGCAGCAGCAGCCGCUAAUGCAGCAGCAGCCGCUAAUGCAGCAGCAGCAGCAGCAGCCGCAGCAGCAAGGAGCCCAGCAACAAGAAGCACAGCAGCAUCCUGCUCCCCAGCAGCAACAAGAAGAGGUGAAGCAGCACCCGGAGCAGGAAGAGCAGCAGCAACAGCAGCAGCAACAGCCCCAGCAGCAGCAGCAGCCGCAGCAGCAGCGGCUUAGGGCCUUCGAAGACUUGUGGGGCAGCAGUGAACAGCAGGUGCAGCAACCGCAGCAACCGCAGCAGCUGCAGCAGUUGCAGCAGCUACAGCAGCUACAGCAACCGGAGCAGCAGGGCAUGCAGGCAGCGCAGCAGCACCCACUCGUCGCCACCUCUGAAAUACCGCAGCAGCUGCAACAGCAGCCGCAGCAGGAGCAGCAGCAACAGCAGCUGCAGCAACCGCUGCAGCAGCCGAUAGCACAAACAAGCCCCUUCCUGUGGCAAGAUUCAGGCCAGCAGCAGCAGCAGCUGCAGCAGCAGGAGCAGCAGCAGCCGCUGCUGCAGCAGCAGGAGCAGCAGCAGCCGCUGCUGCUGCAGCAGGAGCAGCAGCAGCCUCAGGACUUGCAGCAAACGCGGCAGUUGCAUCAGCUGGUGGAGGGACAGCCUGAGCAGCAGCAGCAAGAGCAGCAAGAACUGCACAGCCUGCCGCUGCAGCAGGCUCAGCAGCAACUGCAGCAAGGACAGCAGCACGAAGCGGCCGCACAAGAGCAGCAGCAACAACAGCAGCAACCGCAGCAGCAGCAGCAGGGAGUGCCCUUACCUCAGUUCCUACAGCCGCAGCCUGAUGUGCAACAGGAGCAGCAGCAGGAGCAGCAGCAGCAGUUGGAGCAGCAGAAACAGGCAGAGCUGCAGCAGCAACAAGAGCAGCAGCAGCUGCUUCAGCAACAGCAGCAGCAGCUGCAGCAGCAACAGCUGCAGCAGCAGCCUGAACCUGUAUCUAUUUCGCCUUGUGUCUCCGACGUGGCACUCGACGAACCCACGGCCCCGGUGUCUCCGUGGAAGGAAGACCCCGCUUGGCUGUUUGAAGAUUCUGAUACAACCCCGCUGGUGCCCCCAGCUGUCUCUGCAGCAGCAGCAGCAGCAGCAGCAGCAACAGCAACAGCAACAGCAGCAGCAGUAGCAGCAACGGCUGCGGAUGCUGCUUUCAGCUUCGUCUCAGAUGAAGCUUUUGCUGCUACGGAGAAGACACAAGUAGAAGCUGCAACCGGCCAGCAGCCGCUGCAGCAGCAGGAGCAAGGGGAGCAGCAGCAACAGCAGCAGCAGCAGCAGCAGCAGCAGCAGCAACAACAGGAACAGCAGCAGCAGCCUUUCCACGACCCCUUCGUUGUGAGUCAGCAGCAGCAGCAGCCGCAGCAUCUCCAGGAGCAGCAUGAACAGCAACAAGAGCUGCAGCAGCAGAUACCACACCAGCAGCAGCUGCUGCAGCAACAAGACUGGGGCCUGGCAGACAGAUCCCCUGCAGAAGCAGCAGGAACUGCAGCAGCAGCAGCAGCUGCUGCUGCUGCUGCUGCUACACCGGCUGCUACGGAGGGGCUUUUCGCGGAGGCCUCCCUCUCUCAAGGUCCUCCGGCUGCAGCAGCUGCAGCAGCUGCAGCCACUGCAGCAGUUGCAGCGGCUGCUGGAGCAGCAGCAGCAUUACCCUUGUCCUUGCUGCAGCAGCAGCAGCAGCAGCAACAGCUGAGCAUGGGCCCUCCGAACCCAGCAGUAACAGCAGCAGCACCGGCAGCUCCAGCGGAAAUAGCAGCAACAACAGCAGCAGGAGCAACAGCAGCAGCAGCAGCAGCACCAGCAGCAGCACCUACGAUCUACAUACGGCACAGUGCUGUUGCUGCUGCUGAUGCAAUCCAUAGUGUGGGGCCCCGUGGCGUCCCCUUUGCUGUUAGCAGCAGCGGGUUGUUUGCUGCUGCUGAGGGCUCUACUCUUUGCUGCCGCAGCACCAUGCAGCUGCUUACUGCUGCAGAGGGCGCCCCUGCUGCUUCUGCUGCUGCUCCUGCUGCUGCUGCUGCUGGGGAGGCUGCUGCAGCACCUGCUGCGCAGCUGUGUCAGCUGCUGCUGGAAUACCCUGGGCCCCUGGGGGCCUCAGACUCCCGCACGACUGCAGCACUUGUCUCCUUUCUUAAGAAGGCUGUUGCUCUGCGCAUGCAGCAGCAGCAGCAGCAGCAGCGACCACAGCAAGAGCCGCAGCGAAUGUGUGCUCUGCAGGUAGCUGGUCUGUGGCAGCUGCUGCUGGUGCUGCUGCAGCAAAACGGAGAUAUUGCUGCAGCAGCACAGAGACUCUUCACAAGGGACGAACUUCCUUUAGCAGCAGGGGCCCUCGAGGCCCAGCUGCAGCAGCAGCAACUGAGCAACGGCAGCAGCAGCAGCAGCUGUGGGUGUGGCGGCCUCGGUGCUGUGGGGAGGCAGCUGUGCUGCGGAGACGCAGCAGGUGCUGCAUCCACUGCAGCAGCUUUGGGGCUGCAUGCGCAUGCACUGGCUGUAUCAAAUGCAGCGGGAGCAGCAGCUGUUGAUGGGGCCUUAGCAGCAUUAGCAGACACUUUGAAUCCUCCUCCUGCUGCAGCAGCAACAGCAACAGCAUCAGCAGCAGCAACAGCAGCAGCAGCAGCAGCAGCCUGCUGCAGCGGCGGUGCAUGCAGUGUAUGGGUGGCUGCUCUAGAGCGUCUUUAUCGGGCCCUCAGCAGCAGUCUCCUUUCAGAGCCCUCAGCAGAGGCUCUCCGCGGCUGGCUGUUCGUAGCGGCGAAUUGCUGCAGCGUUUUGGGGCUGCAGCAUCCUGCAGCGCAGAAGCAGCUGCUGCAGUUGGGGCUGGCGCUGCAAGCACUGCAGCAGCAAAAUCCAGCAGCAGCAGCAAAUGAUGCACCGUGUGGGGCGCAGCAUGCAGCACAAACUUUGCUGCUGCUUUCAGGAGAAAAACCCAACGAAGACGGCACAGGAUAUAUCAAAUUUCUAGGCGGCUGCGGUGGGUCCGCUCUGCUGCAGGAGGCUGAGCAGCUAAUCCUCACGGAGACCCUCGAAUAUAUACUUCGCCUCUCUAACCCCCAAUGGGUGUACGUACACCUGAUCCCUUUCAAGAUCCGUUUUGCAGCAAUUCUCGCAGAGGUUGGCCUCCUAAAACAGGCGGAGAGGUAUUGUGAAUAUGCUGCUGCGUCUCUGAGGGCACAGCCGCAAGUUAAAGUGCCGCAGCAGCUACGCGAGCUGCUGCGGCAGCAGAUGCAGCAGCUGCAGCUGCAGCAGCAGAAUUCUUUGCUGCGGCAGCAGGAUGCAAUCCUUACCCAGCUUCGACGAGAGCGCAUACAGCAGCAGCAGCAACAACAACAACAACAACAGCAGCAGCAACAGGAUUCCAGCUGCGGCGGGUCUAGAGGGGUGGUUCGCAGCAACAGUAGCAGCCGCAGCAACAGCAAGAAGGUCCCCAACGACAGCAGCAGCAGCAGCAGCAGCAGCAGCUGGUUAGGGGGGGUCUUUGUCGGCCUGAAGAAGGCAGUGCUGCCUGUGCUAGCUGGCGAAGAGAGAGAAAUAGGUGUUGAAAACACUUUCUACUACAACACAGAAAAACAAAGAUGGGAGGAAAGAGGAAAGGAGACCCAAGACUACGAGGAAGAAGAGCAGCAGCAGCAGCAGCAGCAGCCUCCUCCUCCACCGCCACCAGCAGCACCUGCUGCUGCUGCAUUCACUGCUCAAUCUACUAGGGGGCCUGGGGUCGAUAGAAGACGAAUGUAUGUAAACCCCUUUGGGGGCCCCCAGGGGCCCCCUGCUGCUGCGGGGCCCCUGGGGGCCCCCUCAAACAUCUCUAAUGAUAAGCCUCCUUUGUUAAUGAAUGGCUGGGGUGCUGCACACGGAUCAAGCGGACCCUCUACAAGCCCCAUUGCGUUUCCCUUCG